GUACGCCGCGCACUGGUGACGCGCUUGAGCCCACGCCAAGAAGACGAUCUGGCGGCGACUCGAGCCGACAACGCCUUCCUGUUUUACCUGAAGACGCGGACGACCGGAACCUACCGCCCGAUCCCGUCAUUCGCGGGCCACUUCUUCGCCAUUGCCCAACAGUGGCAGAAGCUCCGAGACGAGACGCCGGAGAAGCUGUCUCUCUCCCUCCGAACCACUCUACUUCUGGCGUACAUGACCGAGUUUCACGAGAGGCUCCGUCACGCCUUGGAGGAGGAGUUCAAAGAGGCCUACUUGAAGGCGAUCAUCGACACGAGUCGCGCCCCCAUCACCCAUGCCCAGAUCCUGGACAGCGAGGCCGACCAGCUCUUUGCGACGAUGCUCCUCUUGACCGACUGCAACGCGACCCGCCUGAUGUGCACCCGCAUCGCAAAGGAGCGCCAACGCCGCCAACCACUGGCGAUGGUGUUAUCGAAGGAGGCCGAAGCCCUUCUUCGUGCAACGCAGCCACGGGGCAGACCCCAGCAGCGACACUCGAACGCCAAACAGAAGCAGGCAGCGAUGGAGGAGU